GUUCAGGCGUUACCCGGCAUUGGCUGUCUUGUGCCUGUUCUGUUUAUUUUUCCUUGCAGGUAGCCGACGUCCUAUCGAGGAGGAGCUCAGCGGCAUUAGGUUGGUAUCAAAGCCUUGCUUGACUUGGGAAUGGCAGAUCGUGGUAAAGAACCCAUUACCGAAGAAGUGCGGAGUCUCGACGCACUUUGGGCAAACCAGAAAACUUUUGAGCGCCGGCUGGAUGAGCUAUCGGCCGAAGUGCAGAAGUUAGCUGUGGACAUAUUCCGUGAGUUUAAUCUCAUCCGUGCGAGACCACCACCGAUCCAAACACCGCAAGUUGAUCCCACGGGAAUUCGACCUUUACGGCGUAGAGGUGCAAAUACAGCAAGACCCUUCCGUCACACACAGGCAAUUUUUCAGGAUUUUUCAGAUUCAGAGGAGGAACUGCAGUACCCGCAGGAAAACGAUUUGCUCGGUUCAGACGAAGCCGAUGAAUUCAACCAGCAGCCGGUAGGAUGCCAGAGGUAUCGAAGACCCUUUCCUCCACAUUUUCCGCAAGGAGAAUUCAAGGCUAAGCUUGACAUUCCCUAUUUCGACGGUCGUAUGCAUAUAGAAGAUUAUUUGGAUUGGGAGAAAUCGGUGGAGAACUUCUUCGAUUACAUGGAAGUUCCAAGAGACAAGCAAGUGCGAUAUGUUGCUUGUCGUUUGAAAGGUGGAGCAAGUGCCUGGUGGGCACAGAUGUUACAGAUGAGACAAAGGGAAGGCAAAGGGCAAGUGCGGAGCUGGAACCGCUUGAAACAGCUUUUGAGAGCCCAAUUUCUGCCAACAGAUUAUGAGCAGAUUUUAUACAUGAGAUAUCAACAUUGUUGCCAAGGAACAAGGUCUGUGAGCGACUACACGGAAGAGUUUCAUAGAUUGUCGGCUAGAAACAAUCUAAAUGAAUCCGCUAAUCACCUAGUGGCCCGUUACAUUGGGGGAUUAAAGGACAGCAUCCAAGACCGACUGGAAUUAAAUUCCGUGUGGUCGAUGGCUCAAGCAGUGAAUCUAGCCAUGAAGGUAGAAAUGCAGCAGACACGGUUAGCCAAAAAUUCUUAUAAUCGUCGGCAUUGGCAGGAAGCUAGUGUGUCCGGAAAGGGUAGCAAUCCUGCUAUCAAAACAGCACCGACUGUUGGCCCGUCAGCUCAGGGUCCGCCCCAGAACUUCAACUCCUCAGACCCCCGGAUGCAACCAAAACCGAAAGUUAUAGCCAAGGAAAAUCCAUACGCCAAGCCUUCUACACUCAAAUGCUUCCGUUGUUUCCAACCCGGCCACAAGUCGAAUGAGUGCCCACAGAGACAGCAAAUUAAUCUAGCCGAAGGUGAAGAGGAAGGUGACCCAGAUGCUGAUGAUGUAAACCCAGAUGGAGAGUCGGAGGAUGUGCAUGCAGAUGAGGGUGAGUCUCUAGUCUGUGUGUUAGAAAAAUUGCUCUUGGCUCCGCGUCAGACCGUUGAUUCACAACGCCACUCCAUUUUUAAAACCCGCUGUACAAUAGGCGGUAAAGUAUGCGAUCUUUUGAUCGACAACGGGUGCACUGAGAAUGUGAUCUCCAGGGCUGUAGUGCAAAGUUUACAGCUGAAUACUACCAAGAAUGCUCGCCCGUAUAAGAUAAGUUGGGUUAAGCGGGGAAUGGAUAUUUUGGUCUCGGAAUCGUGCCGGGUCACAUUUUCCAUAGGGAAGCAAUAUGUCUGUGAAGUUUUAUGUGACGUCCUUGAUAUGGACGUCUGUCAUCUGAUAUUGGGAAGGCCCUGUCAAUUUGAUGUGGGUGCAAUAUACGACUGUCGAACUAACGUGUAUUCUUUCGAGUGGAAAGGACGUCGACUCCGGCUUCUACCCACAGUCACAGAAACAAAAACGCACUUGACCCCGCAGCCCCGUCAGUCCGCUGUUCAAAUUGUUUCGGGGGCUGGCCUCCUUCACUGCUGGAAGGAGCAAGCUCCCAUGUAUGCAUUGUUGGUAACCGAACAAAGCCAAGGCUCACCCCUUACUAAGCUGAACAGUAAGAUUCACAAUUUGCUGCAGCAUUACCGUGAGAUUGCUCCCGACAAUCUGCCUGAUGAGUUACCGCCACUACGGAGUAUACAACAUCACAUUGAUCUAGUACCCGGUGCUGUGUUACCAAACCUGCCUCAUUACAGGUUGAAUCCAAAGGAACAGCUCAUUCUCCAAGAGAUAAUUGAUGAUUUGCUGAAAAGGCAAUUCAUACAAACCAGUUUGAGCCCCUGCGCUGUUCCGGCGUUACUUGUACCUAAAAAGGACGGGAGUUGGCGGAUGUGUGUGGAUAGUAGAUCCAUCAACAAAAUCACAGUAAAAUAUAGAUUUCCAGUUCCCCGUAUUGAAGAAUUGUUGGAUAAGCUCACGGGGUCAUCCUUUUUUUCCAAGCUCGAUCUGCGAAGUGGUUACCACCAGAUCCGAAUUCGGCCCGGGUAUGAGUGGAAAACAGCAUUCAAGACACCGCAAGGGUUAUAUGAAUGGAAAGUCAUGCAUUUUGGCUUGUGCAACGCACCAUCCACUUUUAUGAGAAUGAUGAAUGAAAUCUUGAAGCCCCAUCUAGGGAAAAUUUGUAUCGUUUACUUUGACGAUAUCUUAGUUUACAGUAAAUGUUGGGAGAGUCACUUGAAGCACCUCCAAACACUGUUUGAUAUUCUGAAGCAGCAACGCCUAUUCCUCAAUCUUUCCAAAUGCGAACUUGCUGUCCGAGAAGUUCAUUUCCUUGGAUUUAUCAUUGAUGCCACUGGCGUUCGCAUGGACCCUGCGAAGGUUGCUGCUGUUCGUGACUGGCCAUCUCCUACCUCGUUUUUUGAAGUAAGAAGUUUUCACGGCAUGGCAAAUUUUUAUCGAAAAUUUAUUCGAGGUUUCAGUGUGUUAAUGGCGCCAGUGACUGAUUGUCUAAAGACAAAGGAGUUUCAUUGGGGUACAGAUCAGCAGAAGAGCUUUGAAGCAAUCAAACAAGCACUCAUCUCAGCCCCUGUGUUGUCGUUACCUGACUUCAACAAGGUUUUUACCGUGGAAACAGACGCAUCCUCUGUGGGGAUCGGAGCAGUUCUUUCGCAAGAAGGCAAACCUGUGGCGUUCUUUAGUGAAAAGUUAAGUGACACUAGACAGAAAUGGUCCGCCUACGAGCAAGAGCUAUACGCUGUCAUUCGAGCCUUAAAGCAAUGGGAAAUUUAUUUGUUGCAUCAAGACUUUGUAUUGUGCCUUGACUGGCUGAAGGAAAUUGCUGUGCUUGUGGUUGGUCACCAUCUCUGCUUUACUGUUAAUAAAAUUACUUUUUCCUUUUAUCUUCUCUGCUCCGUCUCUCUUCUUCCUCUCAAACUCUUUCAUGGUAUCAGAGCACCGGGAAAUGGGAGAACAAGAAUCGACUUCCUCCAUCCCUCCCGCUUCAACCUCCACAUUCGUCGGUACAUCUACGGAGAGCUCGUCCUGCCGGCCUCUCUCAAGUUCAUCAUCUCAAACUUCAAGAAUCUCAUCCCGCAUCACCUAACUGCGGACAACUAUGCAAUCUGGCGGAUCCAAAUCUAUCAAAAUCUCACGGCCAACGGCUAUGCCGAUUUUCUCACUGGCAAGAUCGUCCCGCCCACCGAUACACAUUCGCAAGAUUACGCUCGCUGGCGCCUUAUCGACAGUAACUUAAUCUCUGCUCUCUUUUCCACUAUUUCUCCGGCCCUCCUUCCCUAUGUCAUUACCUCUUCCUCCGCCCACGAAGUAUGGGAAACCCUCGAACGUCGCCUUCAGUCGACAUGUCGUUCUCGAGUAAUUCAACUCAAGAAUGAACUACAUCAUGUCCAGAUGAACAAUCAAACCAUGCAACAGUAUCUCUCCACCGUCAAGAACCUAGUGGACAACAUCGCCGUAGCAGGAACUCAAAUCGAUCCAGAGGACAUCGUUCUUUACAUUUUGAACGGUCUUCCGACGACCUAUAACGCGUUCAAAACUGCAAUUCGUACCUCAUCCUCGCCCGCGGAUCUUGACAAGCUUUAUUCUCAACUUUGCAGUGAAGAGAUACAUAUUAAUCAUGAAAUCAAGAAGGAGCAAUCUCUCAACAAUUCCACCUCCGCCCUCUAUGCUGCUUCCGUCAAUCAACAAAAGAACUGUGCCCCGAAACGAUUCUUUAAGAACAAAUCUUCCGCCCCUCGUCAAUCGGAGCAGCCGGAUGCAACAAAUACCAAUCAGGUCAAUCGACCAACUUGCCAAAUCUGUGGCAAGAUUGGACACAUUGCAUUAAAUUGUUGGCACCGGAGCAAUUACAAGUAUGCUCCAACGAUCCAAAAUGCACCGCGCGCACUCCUCACACAACCUACGCCUCCACAAAACUGGAUCCUCGACACCGGCGCGACAAAUCAUUUAACGCACGACAGCACAAGUCUACAUCAACCCGUGACCUACACAAGCUCCGACUCGGUCACGGUCGCCAAUGGCUCGUCUCUAUCGGCAUACAAUUCAGCCAUUAAUGUUAAGAAUGGAAAUUAA